AUGCUCGUUAACAAUGCUCAAGGAGAUCACCAAUUCGGCCGCCCCAGCCACAAGAUGCGUCAAGGCCCUUCUUACCAGGCUGCCCCCGGUAGCGGUCGCUAUUAUGACAUUGUCGAGGUCUCUGAGGAAGGUGGUGCGACCACAGCGAUUGCGACCGGUGCUGGAUCUUCUUCGCCCACACACAUGCGCCAUAUCUCCCGCAAAAGCGAUGGUACCAUCUCCAUGACUCAGCUCCAACGGUCCCUCUCUAACGCUGCUGCUGUUGCUGGAGGCGACAAUGCCGAUGGUGUUGUCAGCGUUUCUGCUGGAGCCCUCGGAGGCAAGCUCAAGUUGAACCCAACCCUCCCAACCUCUCGCAGAUCCCUCCUCUCCGACAUGCUCAACAGCCAGUCCCAAAACGACGCCCCCGCAAGCCGUCUCGAACAAAACGCCACCCGCCGAAGAAUGCUCAAAUCCAUGCGCCGCUACUCUGUCGACGCCUCCGAGAUGGAUUUCGGUGCCCUCGGACUCUACCCCUCGACCUUGAAGGGUAUCCCUUCCGAGGGAGAGGAAGGUGGGAACAAGGGUCUCUGUUCCAAGCCUAAUGUCAGAUACCUCCGCAACCCUAGUCAUGCGACCGUCAAGACCAAGCUUAUCCAGGGCGGUGCCCGUCGUGGCGAUGAUAGUGAUUCCCCUGACUACUUUGGUGCCGAGGAUCGCGUCUGGUAA